UAUUCUCUCUCCUCUUCUUCUUUCUUUACGAGCUUGACUUUCUAUCUAUAUAUAUUGUACGUACGGAACCACCACCGGAAUAGAUUCCGGCGAUGAUGAACGGCGGCGCGUGUUCAAAGUGUGGAAUUGACGGUCACAGAUGUCGGACCUGCUCUGAGACCAGCGGCGGAAGAGGAGGAGGAGAUGGAAUCAUGCUAUUUGGAGUCCGACUAAUGGAAGCUGCUGGAUCGUUCAGGAAGAGCGCCAGUAUGAGCAAUCUAGCUAAUUAUGAUGAACCUCAAGACUUCAGGAAAUGCGCUAGCAUGAAUAACCUAGCUCAACUUGAUCAACAGGACUCGGGUGCCGCCGAUCCAUCUGCCGCUGCUGGCGGUGGUUAUGCCUCCGAUGACGCCGUACAAGCUGCCGGAAGGAGCCGCGAGCGAAAACGAGGAGUACCGUGGACAGAGGAAGAACACAGGUUGUUCUUGAUGGGAUUACAAAGGGUAGGAAAAGGAGAUUGGAGAGGAAUAUCAAGAAAUUUCGUCAAGACUAGAACACCAACUCAGGUAGCUAGUCAUGCUCAGAAGUACUACCUACGCCGAACCAAUCAGAAUAGGCGUCGCCGCCGAUCUAGCCUCUUUGAUAUCACCACUGAUUCGCAGCAGUUCUCAUUAGCCAUGGAAGAAGGACAAGGACAAAGAGAAACAACAAAAGAUACAACAUCCAUUGAAAGUCUAUUAGGGUUCCAGAAAGUCAGGGAAGACAUGUAUAAUAAUAAUAAGAACACAUCUUCUUCUUCUUCCUCAUCCUCAUCCAAGCUCAUUCGUCCAGUCCCAUUGAUCCCGGCUCCACCUUCUGCAAAGAUGGCUAAUCUUAAUCUUAACCAUAGCUUUAGUAAUAAUAAUAAUAAUGUUGACCAAUUACCUUUAUCUCUGAACCUAUCCACUACAUCAUCGGAGCAACAAACCACCGCCGCCCCAAGGCUCCCGUCGGCGUUUCAGGCGGUGACCGGAGGAGGAGGUUUCAAGAGUAGUGCUAGUAGUAGUGAGGAUAGCAUCAUUAGUGUUGCUUGAAUUAUCUUUUAUAACCUGGCCGGCCCCAUUCUUAUUGUGUGAAUUUAAUAUUAUACAAGGUUCUCUA